CAUGCAGAAUAAUGUAGCGGUUUCGUUCGUUCGUUGACAGAUGCUGUUAAAUAAAAUUGAAAUAGGUACAUAAGUAGAUAUAUAUACAUAUAUAGAUUUCGUCUUUAUUUCAACUACCACCAUACCCAAUCCAGAAGAAGUUGUUGCCUGUGAAGGAUGCCUUCAGCUGCGAAUGCAAAGUCUGAAAAACCAGCUUCUUCGGAAGCUGCGGAUAAUUCACCAAUACGACAGAUUAUGACUAUUCUUGAACAUAAAAUUCGCAACUUGGAAAAAAGAAAGAGCAAGCUGACAUCAUACCGUGACUUGCAAAAGGCUGGUAAAGAGCUUAAUGGUGAUCAAAAAGUUGCCGUUGCUAAGUAUGAUGAAGUCAUUCAGACAUUGGAAUUUGCUCGUGAUCUUUCAAAGCAGGUGACUUCGAUUGCUCUUUCUGCUGAGCGUGAAGCGAAGAAGCAGGCAAAAAAGGAUGCAUGGGUACGUUAUACUGCAGACACUAAUAAGAUACGUGAAGUCCUACUGAUUCUAGACUGUCUCAUGCAAAUGGGUAAUGGUGAAGCAAGAGAUGACUUUUUAAAUGGUACUAAUGGUGCUGCAAAGCUCACAGAAGAAGAUUUAAAAAUUUUAGAUGAUCUGUAUCCAGAAAUAACUCCUAAGCAUGAAUUGAAUGAAGAAGGACAACCAGGCUUUCAUGCUUACACAAUUAAAGCCGCUGAGCAUUUGUAUGCUAUUAUUGAUGGUAAACCAAAAGAAAUUUUAGGAACAACAUACACCCAUAUCAAGGAAAUCAUAAAUACUGUUCACGACUGUGGUUACUUUGAUAAAUCUGGAGAAAUCAUAGUUCCUGAGGCUGAAGAUUGCCAAAAUGUAAUUUCAGAAGAAAUUAAUGAUCAUUCCCCUGAGUUAGAAGAGACUGAAACUACUGUUCCAGUUUAUGGUCCACCAGUUGCCAUUCCUGCUCCACCAGCUCCUGCUGUUGUGCCUGCACCUGGUUACCCUCUUCGGCCUCUGCCUCCAAUUACAUUGCAAGAAGUUGAACAUGCAUACUUUUCUCAGCAAUAUCCUCAACAAAGACCUAUCUCUGAAGUUAUAGGAUCUCAAAACUUUUUCUUUCUCCAGGAAUCUGAAAUUGAUAGCCCUGUAGGAACCCCACAGCCACCUAUCUUGAAUCAACCUUCUCCUCCCGCACCAAUCCCAACCCAGACAUUUACUAAUCAACACUAUGUCCAAAUACCAGGUGGGCGUGUCCCUGAGCCAGGAUCAAUCCCUAUGCCACCUCAGCCACAUUUUCUUCCACACCCAGAUCAUACUGCUUAUCAAGGAGUGCCACUUCCUGCACCAAUGGGGCAUACACAACCCCCUCAUGUGCCUCCUCAAAAUGCCCUACCACAGCCUAUGCAGCAUAAUCCACAACCUGUCCCACAAGCUGUUCAUAUUGAGCAACAAUCUCCAGUUCUUGUUGAAGAACAAAAAAUGAUGAUUCCCAGUGAAGAUAAAAUUGAAGAAGAAUCAAAAGAAUGUAGAAGCCCUGAGCGAGAAGAGGGUGAUCGCAAAACUCAAGGUCAAGGCGAUGGACAAAACAGAUUUAGAAGAUACCGUGGAAGUGGAAGGGGAUCAUCAAAUGGUUUUCGCGGGCGUGGAUCUUUCCAGAACAGACAGAACAAUGAUGGCUAUCAUGGAAGACAUGGAAAUGAUUACCCUAACAGAUUGAAUAAAGAAGGAUACCAAAACCGACAGUAUAAUGAUGGUUAUCAAAACAGGCACGGAAAAGAGGGUUAUCAAAACAGAAAUUCAAAUGAUGGCUAUUAUGGUAAUGGCGAUACUGGUGAUGGCCUUCAAAACGAAAAUGGCGGACGCGAUAGAUACAAUGAUAACUCUCAGAACUAUCAAGGUGGGUUUAAAAGUCGCGGCAGAGGAGGCCCUCGCGGCGGAACACGUGGUGCCCCCCGUGCCCCGCGACCCCACCAAUACAAUCGUAAACCAGAAAAUGUGGAAUAGCAGAAAUAAUAUAUCAAAUAAAUAACGGACUAAAUCAUUCGUGGAAGGCAAAUUUCACCGGCAACAACGCGCUGUGGUAACAACAAACAAGAAAUUAUGGUAAAAAAAUAAAUAAAAAAAAUAAUAAAAAAAAAAAGUAAAAUAAUAAAACUUGAAACUGAAUAAAAAAUAAGUUACUUGAAUUUAGAUGUAUGAUAUAUGCGAUUAUUGUAAGUUACGUUAAUUCUAGAUUCUUGUAUAGAUUGUGUCACGCAAGUGACUAAAGUGACGCGACGGAGAGCCCGUGCUACUCUGCCGUCGUUGUUCAGUACCUCGUCCUCGUGAUAAAUUAUGUACUGGAGAUGUGCACACAAUGACAAAUAGCCAUUUAAUUGGGAUCUUUUCCAAAUCUCAUUGACCUUUAUAUUUUAAAUAUGGUUCAUUAAAAUUUGGUAAUUAUAUAUGUUAAAGAUAAAAUAUUGUUUUUUUCGUUUAACUUAACUAUAUAUAAUUAUUUAUUUAUUUUUAAAAUCAAUAUGCAAAAAACAACAUACAGCUAUGUUGAUUUUUGCUCUUGGCUCUUAAAAUACUGAGCAGAUGUCUAUUUUAUCAAACAGUCAUGAGCUUUUAUAUUUUUUUGUGUAAUUUUGCUACAUCCAAUAUGCAAUUUUUUUUAAAUUGUUUUUAAUCUAUUUAAAUGACUACUAUAAUAUAUAAACGGCGACAAAUUAAAAUGGAAAUCGUACAAAUUUCAAUAAAUGUCGCUGUCAUGUGAUUGUUUUCCAGAUUCCUUCCUAUUAUUUAACAUUGUUCUCAAUAGAGGCUGUGUGCAAGCAAAUUAAAAGUAUUCUAUGAUUA